AUGGCAGACCACCUCCAAGCCUCCGUCUCAUCCCUAGGAUCCUCCCUCCAACUCCUCGAUUCCUCCAUCUCCACCCUCGAUUCCGGCAUUAGCGACUUUCCCCGACUAUGCAAGGUCUUGCAAACAACCCGACACUUCGAACUCCUUCCCGAACCUACUCUGCGCGAAGCUCAACAAUCCCUGCUAGACGAAAUCACUCCCAGCAUCGCCCACCUGCUCUCACUAGCGUCGAACCAUGUGGAGAAGCUCUCGCGACGAGAACAAGGACUGAGAGCUAAAUGCGAACUGCAAGAGGGGAGAAUGUACUCGAAUGAGAGCCGUCAGCCUUCGAGAAUGCGUAGCGCUUAUGGCGACCGACUACAGAGCGGGGGCGCCUCAGGGAAGGCUGCGAAGGCGGCGGAGUUGAAACGACUGAUGCAGAAGAAGGAACGGUUGCAGUAUGCGGUGGAGAGGUUGGAGCUGCAGAGUACACAGAGGGAGAGGCAGUUGAGGAAGAGUAUGGCGUUUCACUAG